CAGAAAAACAUAAGCAACCCCAUGCACUAAAGUCCACUUCAGUCACUUAGUUCCAAUGGACAUGUCUAUUAACCAGAGGUAACUUAAUAACUUUGCCAUACUUGGACUACAUAACCUCUCUCUUUGGUGCAGACACACAUUCUUUCUCUAAGGGUGAUUUGGCUGUGUGCAACACAAAGUUUAUAUAGCCAACUUUUACAGGAAUAGCCAUGGCCUUUGAUGAAAUUCUACGUCAUGUAGGUGACAGUGGAAGAUUUCAGCUUGCGAGGACUGUCCUUUAUAUCAUCUUAACUUUGCUGUCGUCCUGUCAUGACAUCAUGGAGAACUUUACAGCUGCCAUCCCUGAUCAUCACUGCAGUGUAAACGUUCUUGACAAUCCAAGAUCUGAAAUUAAUAUCACCAUAAACUUAACUACUGAAGCUCUGCUGAAGGUCUCCAUCCCAAUGGGCCCCAAUCAGAAACCUGAGCAAUGCCGACGCUUCCGGCAUACCCAGUGGCAAUUCUUAGAUUCCAAUGUAUCAGUUUUUAACAACACCAAGCUGGAGACUGAGCCAUGCCUGGAUGGAUGGACAUAUGACCACAGUGUUUUUACUUCUACCAUUGUUACUGAGUGGGAUUUAGUAUGUGAUUUCCAAUCAUUCAAAUACUAUGCACAAGCCACCACUAUGGCAGGGUAUUUGGUGGCUAGUCUUGUGUGUGGUUUUUUUUCUGACAGGUUUGGAAGGAAACCAUUGUUGGUGUGUUCUUGCUUAGCCUAUGGGAUUUUGGGGUCCUGCUGUGCCUUUGCCCCCAAUUUCUCUUUUUACUGUGUUCUGAGAUUCCUGCUGUCUGCAUCCAUAAGUAAUAUUGUAAUCAACUGUCCUAUCCUUGUUUUUGAAGAAACCUCACCAAAGUGGUACAGCAGAAUGAUAAUACUCAAUGGACUAUCCCUCAGUAUUGGCCAGGCCGGGUUUGGGGGACUAGCUUAUGUGCUUUCAGACUGGCACAUACUGCAACUUGUUCUUGCCUUGCCCUACUUCAUUUUUUUCAUUGUUUUCUGCUGGGGCCCAGAAUCAGUCCGGUGGCUAAUAAGCACUGGAAAAACAGAACAAGCAAUAAAGACACUGCAGAGAAUUGCCUUCAUCAAUGGGAAGAAAGACAUUGCAUAUAAUCUAACUACUGAGGCUUUGCAAUCUAAACUUAAGGAAGAUGGGAAUUCAACCAGCAAACAUUUCAGAAUAAAGGACUUGAUUAUUAAUCCCAUGAUGCGUAAAAUAGUGCUUUGUUUUUCCUGUGUAAUUUUUACAGCAAUGUUCGGCGCUUUUGGCAUCUUGUUGGAUAUUAAAAAAAUGGGAAAUAAUAUCUUCCUGAACCAGAUUCUCCUAGGAGUGGUAGACAUACCCAUCAAAUUACUCACAUAUUUUAUAAUGAGAAAUGUUAGCCGUCGUCCUUCAAUUGCCUUUUCACUCCUUACAAUUGGGAGUUGUACUACCAUCACCAUAUUUCUAGCUGAAGAGAUGCAUGUCCUACGCCUUAUGCUUUUCCUUUUGGUAAAAGGAUCUUUUGCAGCUUUCGGCUGCAUAAGCAUUGCCUAUACCCAGGAACUCACACCAACAGUACUCAGGUCAACUGUAGGUGGUGUUUAUUACACUGCUUCCCGAAUAGGAGCAUUGGUAUCUGCACUAGUACUUGUUACUAGAAAGUAUUUUGUACACCUUCCUAUGAUUCUCUGUGGGACCAUACCCAUAGUGGCAUCAAUCAACAUGUACUUUCUGCCAGAGACUUUUAAUCUUCCACUUUCUGACACUAUCAAGGAUUUGGAGAAAAGAUUGAUGAACAAAAACAUCAAUGAAAAAGAAGGGGAAGACUUCUUGGAAACUACAGAAUGCUAAAGAAGCCAAAAUCCAUAGGGUUUCCACAAAUACAAACCCUCUUUGUCCUGUUCUGUACUGUAGAGACUUCACCCAUUGAAGGACAUUCACAAAUACACUUAUUAAAUGAACCUAUUGCAAAAGCAAAUCUCCACAUAGAUGAAAAUCCUAAGGAUUUAUUAUUUAAUAAACCAGGAGUACAGGUUCCUUUCAUAAAAAAUUAAACAAAUCUGUGCAAUAAAUACUUUGUUGUAGUAUUAAA